AACACGUUUUAGCGACUUCCAAAUAUAGAAGAUAGUCGUGACGUGUCUUACAGUUCAACAUGGCGGACGACGAUAUAUAGCAGAAAUUUCUUAUCUUCGUGUAAAAGUAUAAAGAAUCACUAGCGGCUUCCGCAAAAUGAUCUAUUUAUUGUCUGUAAAAUGAGGAGCAUUUGCCAUGUCUCUUUUGAAGAAAGGAGGCUAUACAAGUUAUGUUUCAAGCCGGCCAGAAAAUGAUCCGGCUGCUGAGAUACAAAAUGUCUCGUCUUCAAGAGUCUAUAUAUUUGGGAAUGAUGAGGCGGACGAAACGGGGAUCGAAGACUCCACGUUGGAGAUGACAGAGUUAAGACCAAGAAAUAAAAACAAGAGAUCAUAUGCUUCGACCAAAUCGGGCCCUCAUCAGUCCAAGAAAACGGAAACUAUAGAUCGUGAUGUUCUGCCAACUGAUUCACUUCAAAGUGUUUCACUGCAGUACGGCUGUACGGUAGCUGAAAUAAAGAGAGUCAAUAAUUUUUACAGCGACCAAGAUUUCUAUGCUCUAAAGACUAUCAAAAUCCCAGUCCAACCACAUGGAUUAUUGACUGAAAUAUCUGAUAAGAGACAAAGACCCCCACCUAUCAAAAUACCUGGAAACCAGCCUUCUGUAUCAGGAGAUAUUAAUGAUGACAAUGAUGAAUCUGAUUACGAGGAGAGUGGGCUCAAUGGAGAUUGUGUGAGAACUGUAAGCAUUCGCUCUGCACUUGACUCACCAAACAGUUUUCUACAACAUAUGGACAAUGACCUCAAGCUGAUUUGCAAAUCUACACCCUUACGAAAGAACAAUCUCGAUGAAGUCACUAGGACGUUGACAAUUAAUUGCAUAAACCCGAUAAAAUUAAGAAAACAACAAGAAAAGACGCUCGGAACUGCUUGUGGCAUUGGGUGGAAGGGAAUCAUAGUAACUGUGUUUGUUGUAGGUAUCCUAUUGCCAGGAAUAGUGGCCUUUUUGUAUCUAAGAAAAAGUGGCAGAUGACCAGAAAUAUAUUUUUAUAUUAUGGCCCUUUUGACAGUAUAUUUAAAACUGGCUAGAUGAAAGAAUUACAGCAGUUGAUGUCAGUAAUUUCAGAAAUUGAAUUGUGAAAAGUGGAUUUAACCAUCAAUGUACAGAUAUAUUGAAAGUAAAAUUAAUACAGUAUUUUAUGGUAAGUAAAUUAAACAUACAAUUUGAUAAUGUUUUAUGAUUCUCAACGAAACAAAUUUGUGGUUCAGUCUGCCACCUUCUGCUAAAAUAUUUAUUUCAUCUAGUAAUUUUGUUAAUUAUAAUACGUAAAAUGCUACAUUAUGCAAGAAAGGUUCUAAAACAGCAUCAAGGACAAGCUUUUGUCCCCUCACUGUUUUAAGGACAGGUUAAGUUAUCAUUGAAAAAGCUCAAUUCGAGGCGAAUUAAUUUUCUUUUAUUUUAAAAUCGGAAAGGUUGGUCUGAAGUCUUUUCUAUGUACUUAUAGUUACUGACUUCAGUUCUUCUUUAGAGGGUGCUAACAGCUAUGUUUAGCUAUGAGAUGGGCCUAGUUUCUUAGCAGGCAUUUUACGCAUCAAUAGACCCUUUGCAUAAAUGGUGCCUAUAUUUGAAUAACAAUACUUAUACAUCCUAAGCCUCACAUUCAUGUGAAAAAUCCUUUGUCUGGAAACACAAGUACAAGGCUUAGGAUGGAUAUAAUAUUGUUAUUCAAAUAGAGGUGCCAUUUAUGCAAAGGGUCUAUUCUCAUUAAUGUCUGUUUCUUUUGACUGAUAAAAUUGCACUGCACCAUGAUUUGAAAAUGGCUCAAUUUUGAUUUGACUUCUAAAUAACUGAACAUUUCAAUAAUUUGUCACAAGAACCAUGAUAAAAGUUCUGUUGAAUACAACUAGCAGAAUGCUUUGAUUCUUACCUGUCGUAGCUUCUUGUAAGAGAUUGGUGAAUUCAGCUUGUUGUCAAAUUCUUUCAUAGUGCAAGUAUCCUAGCUGCUUAAGUUGUCUAUAUGACUUCGAUGAUUAUUUUGCAUCUUUAUAUCCCAUUCUCUCAUAAUGAAAAGCUUGACUGUAUUCUUGCUAACUUUACAUGUAACAAGUGAUUGAGAAAUAAAUUGCAGCUAGCUGCCUUGCAGCAACCCA